AUGUCCAUGAAAUUGUACCUAGGUGAUAAGCUUGACUUGGUCAAGGCAGAUGAUAAGAUCGUGGUGGAGAACGUGGGGAGUGUGAUCCUGAGCCUCGGGAAGGAAUACGCCUUCCACGGCUUCGACAUCAAGAAGAACGAAAGCGGCUACGUCCUCUCCGCCAUGCCCUCCCCGCAUUCCAACAUAUCGCUGCUUGACCUGCAGAUGAUCAAGGACUGCAACCCGGUCAGGGUGCAGGACGUGUUUGUGAGCCUGUCGGAGGCGGGGCUGAGGGUGAGCGUGAAUAUCCUGAGUUCCAACGUCCCCGUCAUCCUCACGGAGACCGACGUUAUCAGGGUGAAGAAGAGGAGGAUAUGGAAUUUAUUUCAUAAACCCUGA